AUGACCUCCUCGGCUUGUGCACACUGCGGAAAAGCGGCUGAGCGCGCCUGCACCGGGUGCAACGACGUCCCGGCAAUCGAUGAUGAUAUCAACCCCAUCUAUUACUGCAGCUCCGCUUGCCAAAAAGAGGACUGGCAAUAUCAUAAGAAACUGUGCAAACGUCUACAAAUUCGGAAGCUGUUCUACCGGGCUGGAUCAGUCUUACAGGAGAUGUUCUACAUGUAUCGAGAGAAGAUGUUUGACAAGUUGAUCACAAGAAUGGAGAAGUCUCAGGGACACUUGAUUGUUUAUGAGGGAAGGUAUAAUCCCGUGAUUACAACGGAGACGGACUGUCUCAUACCUUUCCCCACGCAACUAUGCCAAACUGAGGAGGACAGGAAGUCUGUGUUAGUUCAUCUCGCUUGUGAUGAUGCAAGCAUUGCAUCCAGCCUCUCCGAAUGCUGCGGAGUCGUCAAGAACCAGAAGCUCCAUAUGAUAGACGUCGACAUUCUAAAUAAUGUGCACAACCCAGAAUUUGAGCACGAGUUUCUCAGAAUAAAACUCUUGAACGGCGGCGAGGAGUUUGCCCUCGACCUAUCCAGCGCUCAAUACGGUUACUUCGAACCCAUCGUUCCAUGGAAGACAUACAUACACAAUCGCAUAUCGACUUACAUCACUCAUCAACAAUUCAACUACUUCGGUGGCACCAAAUAUCGGCUUCUCGCUGAACGAGGACAUAAGGAUAUCAAAGGCAUCGUCGCUAGUCUCAACGCUGAAUCGUGCCAGGAGUUGAUGUCGAGCACAAAGAAGUGGGAAGAAGAGAAUGGUAUGUCGAUUAUGAAGAUGCUGAAAUUGCCGCUUCGGGAAUUCAAGAUGAAAGAGAAUCAGUUGGUGGGUUUUAUGGCGAAGAAUUUGGGAGAAUAUCAUACGUGGUUGAGGGAGAGGGCUGAGAAGGGCAAGGCGAAGAAGGCUGCACAUGCGGGAGGAAACGCUAAAGAAACAAAGGCAAGGUAG